AUGGUGCUAGAGCCAGGGGGUGGCUUGUCGUUCCCGCCGCCUCCUGGUGGUGGCAGUGCCGCGGUGGCUGCCGCAGCUGCCGCCGCGGCCGCGGCAGUGGCUAGCUCGAGUGGAGGUGCUUCGGGCGUCGCCACGACCGCCGGCUCCCUGCUCGGGCCCACGAGGCUCUUCCAGAGGACGGCACCCGUGUUCCCGUUCCACCUGCCGGGCUGGCACCACCCGGUCCUGGGUCAGGUACAGAGUCAGGUGCAGCAGUCGAUACAGGCCCAGGCCGCGCAAGCCGUGGCCGUGCGUUACCUCAGCCAUCACCAUCCGCACCAUGCGCAUCCGGCCCUGGCCAGCCAUCCGCUCGUGCCUGGGAUUGGCCCUCAUCACCCGGGGGCCCAUCAUCUGCAUCACUCCAUGGCCGAUCACAACGAUGACGACGACGACAAGAAAGGGGACGGCGAGAGCGACGAGGGCGGCAGCAAACGAAGACGCAGCCGGACCAACUUCAAUAGCUGGCAGCUGGAGGAGCUGGAGCGGGCCUUUCUCGCGAGCCACUACCCGGACGUGUUCAUGAGGGAGGCCCUGGCUCUGCGGCUCGAGCUCAAGGAGAGUCGCGUGGCGGUGUGGUUCCAGAACCGCAGAGCCAAGUGGAGGAAGAAGGAGCACACGAAAAAGGGCCCGGGCAGGCCGGCGCACAACGCCCAUCCGCAGAGCUGCAGCGGCGAGCCCAUUCCCCCGGAGGAGCUGCGCAGAAAGGAGCGCGAGAGGCGGCACAAGAAGCUGAUGAAGGCGCUCGAGAGGCAGCAGAGGAAAUUGGCGGCCAAGGGCAUCACGGUGGACCUGUCGACACUCAGAGCGGAAUGGGAGUCGCGCAGCGCCGCCGCCGGAGGUGGGGGUGGCAACAGCACCCUCAACGGGAGCUUCAGCCUGAACAACAACAACAACAACGAAGGCAGCAGUAUCUCGGGCAUCGACGCGAACGAGGAAAUCGACGUGGUCGGGGGACUGGACUCGUGCAGCGAGAGCGGCAGCGAAAGGGUCGAUUCGGCGGCCGAUGGCUCGAUAGACGGCGAAUCUUACCCCCGCGUGCUCUCCUCCUCGUCGGACAACAACCCCACGAUGACGUCGGAACAGCAGCAACAACGAAGAAAGUCCCUUCUGCCGAAUCACCACCAGAUGGGCCUGUCGGGGCCCAACGCCAGCCUCCACCUGAACCACCAGCCCGGCAUCCACCACUGGGGCCUCAGUCUGCUGGAACGGCGGAGGGAGCUCGUGGGUCUCAGCGCGGGCACCAACGGCUCGACCACCGCGUCGACCACCACGGCCAUGACGACAACGACUACGUCGUCCGUGGCCUCGGUGCGGAACAGCUCGAGAAGCCUCGAGGACGACGUGCAGAGCAGCAGCAUCGACCUGUCGGUCAAGGGCAGGGAGGAGAGGCGCCGACUGAAUCCCUUCUCCAUCGACAGUCUACUGGGCAACAACAGGUGCGGCACUCCGGACGCCAACCACCACCACCACCACCUGCACCACAGCCAUCAGGACUCGAUACCGGUGAGCAUAGUCGCGGGCAGGGAUUUCAAGUCGCCGGCCGGCUCGCCGGCUUCGUCGGCCAACUCGUUGCCCACCUCGCCCACGCUGACGUAGUCCUGACUCAGGUGGUGGAGAGAGGCCCGCUAAGGAAGACACGGAGACCGAUGGGACUGACUGGUGGAGGACCCCCGCCCAGCGAUUGGUUAAUCUUUUUUUUCUCUUUAUUUGUCUUUGGAAGUUACUCCCGUGGCGCGACUGAGUUUCGAUCGAGCCAAUGUGGGAGGCAACGUUGUUCGGUCAAGUGAGAAAAGCAACAAAAACUCUGCCGUGCGUUGUGAAAAUUGGAUAUACAAUAAGUAGAGUGUAUUCGUUGUUUUGCUGGGCGCGGGGAGUAGCCCCUGCAGAUCAAAUCUCGACGAACGUAAGGUCGAGGUGAGAAAGACCCGUCAUCCCUCCGCACGGCGCAUAUCGCUUCCAACAUAUCCACAGUGUGUGUACUGCUAGCUGAUUUCUUUCUAGACUGAGCGAAGAAAGGAGAGGAGGAAAAGUGCCGUAUCUUCCUUAUCGGGGCGUGGGUUUUCUCUCUGCCUCUCUUCGUUCCUCGUAACUCUUUAAUAAUAACUGUGCAAUAAACGUGUCGGGCCGAGCGUGGAGUGGAGCUGGGCGCUCGCGCGAGCUGUGAAUGUUGUCGGGGAAGGGGAGGCUCCAAGAUGGGGUGUCGAUAAAGAAUCGUUUUGAGAAAA